GCUAGCUGAUGUUUGAAUUUUGACAUUUGAGCAGAAUUAUUGAAUUUGACUGUAGGAUAAGAUUGUUUUAUAUAUGAAUGAAAGUAUUUUUCUAAGUAUUGUCUAUAUUUUAACAAAUCUACACAACAAGGCACUUGUUUUUGAUUUUUUGGGUUUGACAUUGCUUUAUAACUGCAGCAGCUGUAUUUGAGUAACUGUCAGGAACUCGAGUGUUGAAAAGUGCUAUAGUAUUGAGUGAGUGCUAGUAGGUGGCGCAAUACACCAAAACACCAAAAACAUUAUAGCGACACAUUGUACAAUUCAGCCUUGAAAUUAGGGCAGAUUUUACAUAAACAUUUAAUUGCGAUUAUUUUGACGAUAUGAAAGGGGAACAAUAACUUUGACAUAAUUAAUCUGAGGAGCCUGUAUUGGCACGUGCAACUUCUGAUUUCACAUCUAUGCAACUAAAAAAGCACCACAGGGGUCAACUUAAGGUCAAAUUUAACUGACCUAAUUUCAGUAUGACUCUGUAACAGAUUGAGUUUAUGACUAUCAUUUAGUUAGUACAUCAAUAAAUGACAUAGAGCAAGGACAGAUGUUCAGAUAUUGAGCAGGAAUGAAAGAGGCUUCAUCAACAUCAUUUUAAGUAACAUGGCCUCCAGUUCCAGUUCUCUGGGCAGACGACUCGUGGCCUGUCUCCUCAACAUUUCCGAGGCUCGCAGGAAAGACGUGGUGGAGACUGUGGCCAAAGCAGCUUUGUACAACACUGAAGGUGUUCAACGAGAGGCGACCACAGUGCUGAACAUCUUCAAUGAUCAUGACUACAAUCGCUCUGUUAUCACCAUUGUGUCCAGCAUAGAUUCCAUCAGCGAGGCGGUCCUGUCUGCAUGCGAGAAAGCCUGCGGGCUGAUCGACAUGUGCGCUCACAAGGGGGUUCACCCGUGCAUGGGUGCCGUCGACCUCAUACCCAUCUAUCCACUGGGGGAGGAGGUGCGAGUGCAGGACUGUGCUGAACAGGCACAAGCUGUGGCUCGGGGACUCACAACGAGGGUCCAGGGCACCACGGUCUUCCUGUUUGGCUGGGCGGACUCCCCUCUUCGCCGGGGGCUGGCGCAGAGGAGGAAGGAGAUGGGCUGGUUCAAGAAGAUGCCGGACCUGCGGAUCCAGCCCGACAUCGGGCCACAGCCACAGAAGAGGUUUGGUGUCACAGGUGUUGGAGCCGGUGCGUACGUCAUGAACUGCAACGUCACUAUCGACACCCAGGACGUCGUCGUGGGACGCAGGAUCGCCGCGGCCAUCAGAGAGUCCACCCCCGGGGGCCUCCCUGGGGUGCAGGCCAUGGCUUUCCCACAUGAGGGCGACGUGGAAAUUGCCUGUAACGUGGAAAGCGUGAAAGGCGGCCCGUCAGGUCAUGUGACUGCAGACGAACCCUGGCCGUCUUUCAGUAUCGAAGGACGGCAGUACUGCCACGCUCCAGCUUCCCUCAUCACGCGGAGGGUCGCAGAGCUGGCACGCAAGCAGGGGGUUGGUAUUAAAGGUACGGCCUUGGUGGGGUUUACUCCCCAAGAGUGCAGGGGCUUAGCGGAGUUAGCGCUGUCUGAAGGUGUUGCAGAGUUUUGGAAAGAGCAGCGCAGGAUCCGUAUGUGAACACGUCCUGUGAAACUUCAAAUAAAAGAAUAUAGUCUUGA